AUGCUCGACUGUAUCCACUGUCGAGAAAGAGUUAGCAGUUAUGAUGAAUUUGAUGAGGCGGUAUUAGGGAAACUUAAAAUAUAUGCACCAGAUUUAAUUUAUCUCGAUAUACGGAACCUUUAUGGUUCUUAUAGGACUCCCUUGAGUAUACUAAAGAGACUCCCCCCAUUGGAUAAGUCUUUGGAAAUUGGUUCCCACUGCCGUGGCUUUGAGACAACAAGAAAAUUACAAGAUCUUGUUUGGAUAUUUGUACUGUAUGGAAUUGGCGUUGAUGCAUGGAGUAAUCUACUACUUUUAUAUUUAACACCUGAACUAAAGCACCUUGUUGGUGUACGUCUAAGGAUAAAAGGUCGUGGUUCCAUGAAUAAUCAAAACAACCAAACAACCAAACAAAUUGAGCUGUUUCACGCCGUGUUUGGUGAUUGUUUGGUUUACAGCUUGUUGGAGGUAAUUCUCUUAGCAGAAGAGCUUCCAUGCGACACUGUGCUACCAACUGUUAAGAAAAUCAUUUUGCGCCUCACUAAGGGUUACUUUUCGUUUCCUAAUGAGAGCCGAAGCAAUUUCGAGAAAAGUUUGAUGGAUGCAAAGUCAUGUCUCCAAUUAAGGCAAGUUAUGGGGAAACCAUUCCAGAGGACGUAA